AUGCCGUCUAUUACCGGGUCGAAGCUCUCGGAGGACGCGAUCGCGGAGCUACGCGAGGCUUUCGUGCUGUUCGACAAGGACGGCAAUGGCGCGAUCAGCACCAAAGAGCUGGGCACCAUGAUGCGCGCCCUCGAUCAGAACACGACCGAGGCCGACCUCAAGGACAAGAUCGCCGAGGUAGACACCGAUGGCAACGGCACCAUCGACUUUGCCGAGUUCCUCGCCAUGAUGACCAAGAAGACGCGCACUGCAGACACCGAAGAAGAGAUCCGCGAGGCGUUCAGAGUGUUCGACAGGGACGGGAACGGCUUCAUCACCGCAACAGAGCUGCGCCACGUAAUGACCACGUUGGGCGAGAAACUUACGGACGAAGAAGUCGACGCCAUGAUACGGGAAGCCGACAUGGACGGAGACGGACAGAUCAACUACGAAGAGUUCGUUGCACUAAUAAAGUCAACGUAG